UUCAAAACAGAUUUACAAUUAAAACAUCAAAAAUUUCGCGAAAAAAGCAGUUAAAGCAAAUAACAGGUUGCCUUACUAUUGCCACCGAAACAUUACCCGGCUUACCAGCGCAACCGACAAGAGUAACACCGUCACCACCACAACCGAUAGAAUCAUCCACAACACCAUUAGCAGCAGCCGGAGAACGUUCUUCUCUUCCACCACCGCAGUCACAGGCAUCUGCACAAAGUUCACACGUAUCAGCAGCAGAAAAAUACGCAGCCCAAUUUUCUUAUCCACCUAUCAGAAUUCAUCCGUCGUCCAGGGGACUGUCAUUACUUGUUUUAAGCGUUCCACAACAUGUUUCAGCAGAGGAAGUAUUCUAUGAAGUAGCAGUUCAAUAUGAUUCGAUUACAAAUGUUCAACCAUUACCAGUCUUCCACUCACCUGGUUUACAACUGCCUGAAGCAACAAUUCGUGACCUGACCAGCUCAACCCCAACAAUAAUUGCCGGUGACUUCAAUGCAAAAUCACCAUCAUGGGGUUGUACCAGCCACAAUAUCAAAGGACGUCAGAUGAAACAAAUGUGUGAAGAUCUCGGACUCCAGAUUAGUCAAAUCAAUGGAUCAACAUCCAAACGUUCAUCCAGCGCAAAUGUUCAUAUCAAAGGUUUUCAAACAGUCGACGGUGUGGUAGAAACAGAUCCGCAAACAAUUUUAAAUGAAUUACAUGCACAUUAUUCUGCCCAUUUUCAGUUGUCAAAUCACAAAACCCUACCAGAGACCAGUAUUGACAUUGAACGAGCAUUAGCUGAAGUCACGGAAAAAUACUUACAGGAAGAAGCACAAGUAUUAAAAACAACAUACCAAGAGGCGUUAGACACCAUCACUCGUAUUCAUCCAGAAAGAACAAUAGAUCCAUCUGGAACAUCUAAUAUGAGUAUAAAACAGCUGCCCACAUCGUUUUCUUCUAUUUUUACGGACACGUCACCACCCGUAAAUUAG